UUGAACUCCUGACCUCAGGUGAUCCUCCCACCUUGGCCUCCCAAAGUGCUGGGAUUACAGACAACAAAUGUUUAUUAAGCAAGUAAGUGAAUGGUUACUUUCAGAUACUAGAACAACUAAAAACUGUCCCCAUCUGUGUGACCAGGCUGAGACUACCUCACUUUUGUCAUUACCAUAUAUUCCUUUUAAUUUUUCCUCUAAACAAGGUGACUUUGGGAAAUUUUAAUAAUUUAACAAUUUCUCCAUCCUUCUCUUCUCUUCCUAAAGACUGCUGGCUGUCAGGCUGUCUUUGUAUAUACCCGCUGUCCCUACUGGUAUCCUAAGGAGGUUGACCAUUUGAAAGCAGGGCUGCCCUGUCAGUGGACUGAUAGGUCUCCAAAGCCCAUUCUUCAGGCCAUUAUGAACCAUCAAUCUAGUCUUCAGUACAUUGAAGCCCCUACUUUUGGCCAGUUAUAUAAGGGCUGGAAUGUUCUUUGCUAAGCAUUCCAGAAGUUUGACUUCUAUUGAGAAAUAAAAUAUUUUUGAAUACCUUUGGUCACCUUGCUUAUCUAUCUUUUGACUGUGUUAGCCGGGAAGAAUUUAGUAGUAAUUCUUAGUGAGAUUUCAGCAUCCAACAUAUUUAAGACAAUAACUUCUUUCAUUUUUAUGACACUCUACUCAAGCCAUACACACAUCCUUGUCAACCCCAAAUUAUUCAACAUGUAUUACCACAAAGCUUACAAUAACUCAGUGGGUUAAGUUGUAUAUAUAUACACACAUACACAGAUACACACACAAGCACACGAUAUUAAGGAUUUUGCAGGUCAAAAAUUAAUUUUGUUAUACCCAUUGAUCCUUUUUAAGAAUUUUGAUCCUUUAACCCCUGUAUUUUGUUCUCAUUUAUGACAGUCAUUGGUUUCUGUCAGCUGCAGUCAAUAUCUGACCCUAAUACCAAUAUAUUAGCUCCUGCACACGUAAUUGCUCCAUUUGCCAAAUCUACUUAAUAUGGCCAGGCACUGUUACACUUUUUAUAUGCACAAAUGUUUGAUUCUUACAGCACUCUGUAAGGUAGGUGCUGUUACACACAUUUUACAGAGGAGGGAACUGAGGCUUAGUGAAGUAGUAAGUAUCUUGACCAGACUUGGUUCUAACUCCAAGCCAAUGUUCUUUUUACUGCACCACUCCGCCUCUCAAUAAAAGGGCCUCAUAUGAAAUUGAAUAUUUAAAAGAUUGAAUAAUUACAAUUUAUUCUAAUAUCCCAAUUCUUACCCCCUUGAUCAAGACUCUGGGUCUUGAUUGUAUUACCAAAAAAUAUGCUUGUCUCUGUUUAGUAAGACAGAAGUGGAAGGAGGCAAAUAUGUUCAAAAACUGAUGCUUGUGGAUGGGAUAAAAUUUUGGAGUUCUGUUACCUAGUGGCCUAUUCUCAUGGCAUUUGUCCUUAUAGACUUAAGCAUUCGGAUCCUUCUGUCUCUUUGAAAAAAACAGGGAAGACACUUGUUGUUGUGUCUUAAAGGGCAUAAAACACCAACUGGCUACCCCAACAGUCCUGUGGGUGGUCAUGGAACUUGCUAGCAGUAGGGACUGGUAUUUGAUGGGUAAAAUGGCUUCUUUCUCACCAGUGUCUCAUACUGAACCAUAGGAAGCAUUUUUGACAGAGUAUAAGGCUAUCCAUAUAAGAACUGAGGAUCUUUUCCUUUAGCGUUUUAUUCAGUAGCUCCUCCCCUCCCUCUUUAUUUCCUUCAGAUCCUGUCCACAUUCUGCAGGGUUUGAGGAGGUGGGUGUGGGAGGGGGACCUGAUAAUAACAAGAAAGUGAGUCGAGAGUGGUGAGGUUGUGUAGGUGAGUGAAGGCACUCCCUGAGGCACAAUAUCCCUCUUUGCCACUCCCCCAAGCAGUAGGAAGCAAAGAGAUCGGCCAGCUCACCAACAGGAGCGAGCAGGAAAGAGUUCCAUCGUUGGUAGGAGUGUUCCCACUGCCACCCUGGCCCCUGAACAGGGAUACUUGGCUGGAAUUCACAGGAAGUAACUGUGACAAGGCAAAGUCUGUUUCAGUACCGGCCCUGCUCCCAGCUACUUGGUGCACUGUGAACAAUAGCCGUACUACCAUGAGGGCAUAUUCCUAAUGCCUUUCUGAGAGUCCAGCCUCAGACAAGCAUGGUCUCCUGUGAGGCAGAAACACAGCUUCCUGACAAAUGAGCAGGAGUGACCCUGAUUCUUGGCUUCUGUCUGUCUGAAAGGGAAAGACAGAUGUUCCACACUACUGAAGUCUGGACAGCACCUCUGAAGCUCUGGAGAUGGUCUCUUCCAUUCCUCUGGUGAUGUCCACCUACUGAAAUGUAGCAUCAAGGAACUUCAGCUGCUUCCUUGGCUCAGCUGGAUUCCAAUUUUAUCCUUCCCUUUAGUCCCUCAGAAAUAAGCAGCGGAGAAAUAAUUCCCUUCCUAGGGAUAUCAGCUCAUUCCUCUAGUGUAUUUGCCACCCCUUAAAGGAGCACCUUAACCUGGGGUACUUGUGAUUAUUGACGCUAGAGUGGGUCCAUCCUAGAUUCUGGGACAGCAGGUAUCUCCUGGGAUUGUCCCAGGCAAACCAAGACAUAGAGUCACCUUACCUAGCUGGAUAAUAGCCACCUAACUGACUUGUAAGAGUGAAAUGAACAUACCCCCAGGCACAGUGAGUGGUCUAAUCGGGUUUGAUUCAGUGAAUCGCCGCUAAUGACAGUGGUCCUUUGGUGUUUCAAGCCUCUGCACCUUAUUUGGGCCUCCUUUCUACUUAUUGCCUUUCUUCUUUUCUCUAUUCCUUUACCUUUUGUCGUUGGCGUGUUACCGUCUUCAUUUCUGCCACUAGACCUAUGCCCCUGACUGCCUGGGAGUAACAGAGGCUUUUACAACUCUGCUUACCCUCUUUUUCUUGAUUCUAGGGCUGGUACCAGCCAAGCCCAUUAUUCUGGGUCCUAAUCUGUUUGGUGGAGUUGUUACUCCACUUCUCUGACCUUGCACAUAGGGCCUGGGCACUCCUAGGAAUUAGGGGCAGGGUGGGGUUAGGGCUGAAACCCAUUUGCUCAGACACUCCUAUUUUAUGUUCUAUUAACUUUAUUCCUCAGGGGAAUACUUCCCUUUGCAGUCCUUUGUAGUUCACCCUUGGGUUCAUAUACAAGAUCUCACAAUUAUCAGUGGAAACAUACCCUGAAAUCUUCAGUUUAGAGGCAGUCACUUUCAGGACCACAGAAGUCUCUGCCUGGUGGCUGCUUGCCUCCAGAAGGCAGAGCAGGAGUGACUGCCACAUUGUCAUGGCGGGAGCGCGUGAGGGCUAGUGUCUGUGAAGUGGGGGAAGAGUGGGGUCCUGUGGAAUAUAAGCAGGGCAGGAAGCCCCAGCCUGAACCUGUGCUGUGUUUGGGCCAAAUAUUGUCGCCACCCCCCCCCGCCCCCGCCCACGAAAAAAACUCUUGCGCUCCUAGAAGGUGCGAGUACUGAGAUUAGUGUCAUGCGGGGCCGCUGAGUGUGACUUCCAGCCCUCCAGCAUCUCGUGUCCUACUCGUGUCCGAGCCCACGGCUUUUCAGGACAGGAAGCGCUGCGGGGUAGUGCGGGCAGGCAGGCACGUCACACCGGACAGCGACCAGAUUGCUGCUUUCGGUUCCCCGGCGGGCGGUGAGGCAGAAAGCGCAGGGCGGAAAGAGGAGCCCCAGCACCUCAGAGCUGUCGGGCCGUGGCCAGGAAGCAAAGCACCGGAGCGCUGUGGUGCCAGCGGCCGGACUAGGGAUGACCGGCAAGUUUGCGCUGGACCCAACCCCGAGGGCGGUCAGGCGCAAGGGGGCGGGCGCUGCCGUACUCCAGCCGCGGGGUCAGGGCGGGCCGGCCGGCGGGGCAUUUAAACCCCGCUGACAGCCAGUCCCGCCUGGGACACGCGCCCAGCUCCGUAGCCUCCUCCGUCGACUCAGCCUUGGGUACCGGUCGGGCAAAAUGCGGUCCUCUCUGGCUCCGGGAGUCUGGUUCUUCCGCGCCUUCUCCAGGGACAGCUGGUUCCGAGGCUCCAUCCUGUUGCUGACCUUCCUCAUUUACACCUGCUAUCACAUGUCCAGGAAGCCCAUCAGUGUCGUCAAAAGCCGUCUGCACCAGAACUGCUCGGAGCAGAUCAAACCCAUCAAUGAUACUCACAGUCUCAAUGACACCAUGUGGUGCAGCUGGGCCCCAUUUGACAAGGACAACUACAAGGAGUUACUGGCGGGCGUGGACAACGCCUUCCUCGUCGCCUAUGCCAUUGGCAUGUUCAUCAGUGGGGUUUUCGGGGAGCGGCUUCCGCUCCGUUACUACCUCUCAGCUGGAAUGCUGCUCAGUGGCCUUUUCACCUCACUCUUUGGCCUGGGAUAUUUCUGGAACAUCCACGAGCUCUGGUACUUUGUGGUCAUCCAGGUCUGUAAUGGACUCGUCCAGACCACAGGCUGGCCUUCUGUGGUGACCUGCGUUGGCAACUGGUUCGGGAAGGGGAAGCGGGGGUUCAUCAUGGGCAUCUGGAAUUCCCACACAUCUGUGGGCAACAUCCUGGGCUCCCUGAUCGCCGGCAUCUGGGUGAAUGGGCAGUGGGGCCUGUCGUUCGUCGUGCCUGGCAUCAUUACCGCCAUCAUGGGCGUCAUCACCUUCCUCUUCCUCAUCGAACACCCAGAAGAUGUGGACUGCUCCCCUCCUCAGCACCAUGGUGAGCCAGCUGAGAACCAGGACAACCCUGAGGACCCUAGGAACAGUCCCUGCUCUGUCAGAGACAGCGGCCUUGAGACUGUGGCCAAAACCUCCAAGGGGCCAUGUGAAGAGCCUGCUGCCAUCGACUUCUUUGGGGCGCUCCGGAUCCCAGGCGUGGUCGAGUUCUCUCUGUGUCUGCUGUUUGCCAAGCUGGUCAGUUACACCUUCCUCUACUGGCUGCCCCUCUACAUCUCCAAUGUGGCUCACUUUAGUGCCAAGGAGGCUGGGGACCUGUCUACACUCUUUGAUGUUGGUGGCAUCAUAGGCGGCAUCAUGGCAGGGCUCAUCUCUGACUACACCAAUGGCAGGGCCACCACUUGCUGCGUCAUGCUCAUCUUGGCUGCCCCCAUGAUGUUCCUGUACAACUACAUUGGCCAGGACGGGAUUACCAGCUCCAUAGUGAUGCUGAUCAUCUGCGGUGGCCUGGUCAACGGCCCAUACGCGCUCAUCACCACUGCUGUCUCUGCUGACCUGGGCACUCACAAGAGCCUGAAGGGCAACGCCAAAGCCCUGUCCACAGUCACGGCCAUCAUCGACGGCACUGGCUCCAUAGGCGCAGCUCUGGGGCCUCUGCUGGCUGGUCUCAUCUCCCCCACGGGCUGGAACAACGUCUUCUACAUGCUCAUCUCUGCCGACGUCCUAGCCUGCUUGCUCCUCUGUCGGUUAGUGUACAAAGAGAUCUUGGCCUGGAAGGUGUCCCUGAGCAGAGGCAGCGGCUCUAGUGUGGUCCUAACCCACCAGCGAUAGUAUUUCCCUCAAGUCCCAUGACUUUUGUAUAAAGAAAUAUGAGGCCCCAGUUGGAAGAGCAGCAUGGAAGGCCCCAGUUGGGUCCCCAGUGUGCUCCCCAUGGGCAAGACAAUGAAAACUUCCACAAGUAAGGGAGGCAACCCCUCUUAACUGAACAUCAGCCAGCCCAGUCCAGACCCAGGGCUGCCUAAGGACACAGAGAUUCUCCAUGGGAAGGGGACUGCCAAGCAUGAGGAAAUAGAAGAUUCAGGGGCCUGAGCUCUGGAGGCUGCAAGCAAAGGGCAUGGGACUGGGGCUGAGUUGUGUCUCCAUUUUGAUAAGGGAAGGAUAUGCUCAGACUUUUGCUUGUUCAGAUUCCAAGACAGAAGGCUUCACAAGGCCAAGGCCUGGAAAAUGUGCAUCUCUCCUUCCCAUGUUAAAUUUUAAUCUCUGUAAUCUGCCUGUAUCUGUAGGUGGGCAUCUCACUCCGUCAAAGGAGCCCAGCCUCUCUUUGUCCCUCUAUCCAUGAAACAGUCUUCUCUGUGCAUUUCCCCAAGCUGGGCCCUCUUCUACCCUCCAUUUAGGCCUGUUGAUAACUCCCUUACCUGCCCAUCACUGCUGUUUCUCCAGGGCCAGCACUCGGGCGAGGCAGGGGAGCUGCCUUCAGUACAUAAUUUGAGGGGGCACUCCCUCUUGGGCACAGGCCGGCCCUGAGUGCCUCCCUUGCCUCACUCUGAUCCUGGCCCCAUAAUGUCCUCAGUGGAAGGUGACUGGGGGCCAGUGCUGUGGGGAAGAGUAGAAAGAGGAGUUGGCAUGACUAAAAAUACCAGUAUGUGUAUUAAGUAUUUUGAGAAUGAAAUGCCAAGGAGUGCCUACUGUAUGCCAGCUCUGCUCUAGGAAUGGAGUAGACAAUGGACACAAGAAGGACUUACGCCCUGAGCACAAGUGCCAGCGGUGACAAGACUGGCAAGAUGUGAGGGCAUGCAUGGUUCAUUCAGGCAGUUGCUACAGGUGUGGUCGCCUGGCGCCAUCUGCCGCUCCCUUUUCCACUUUUCUGUAUCCUCCUUCCACCCCAAGUCCCGGAUCACUCAGUCUUCUGGCUAGCUCUUGGCAUCACCAUCUGACCCUAAAGUUGCCCAUUGGCACCAAUAGAUUCCCUUUGACCUGCUG